UUGUGUAAUCCAGGACUUCCUGGAGCUGGAGAACGACUGGCUUUUCAAUCACCUUGCCCCCAAAAGCAAGGUCUGUAGUUAUUAAGGUCCAGAGAAUCCAGAGAGGGCUUUUUCAGCAAUGGCCCAACUUCUUUUAAAUGGUGGCAAUGUAUCAAUAUUUGAGAUUUAAUUGCAUCUCCUCCCUGGAUGACCAGCCAUGAUGGACAGGAAACAAGAAAACAGAUUGUCCUUCCUAGCCGCAGCAGCUGGUGAACAACAACAUUACUCACUAAUUGAAACUGAACCAGUGCAAUCCUACUCACAGAGUUGCUGGACGCCUCGUUUUUGACUUCUGCUUUGAUGACAUCAUCUAACUCAGCUCUUAUGUGACAGAUUUUUUCUGCGAAAUGGUUAUUAAAGGCAUCACAGCUCUGUUGUGGAAGGCAAGUGAUUUCCAAGGCAGUUUCAGUCUGUAGAUCAUUAACAUCCUCAUUUGAUUCAUCUGAUCAUCUGGAUAAGAAGACCUUUGGACUUUUCCAGGACAUCAGUGAGCAUUGUUGGAGACGGGUUGCAUGCAGAGACUGGCUAAUGACUCAGGCUGUGGCCUCACGUUUCAGGGGCUUACCUUUAGUUGGCACAGUCUGCUUGUGGUCCCCUUCUCACCCUACCAGUGGGACAUCUCUAAAUAUGACACUCAGGGAACAUGGGCUGCAUUUCUUCCGCAGUGCUAUUGGAACUGUCCUCCCAGGGCCCAUGCUGAAAAGAGCCUUGGUGCUAGACACAAAAAGUAGUUGUCCCAGAUUACUGUUGCGUGAUCAGUCUUUCGAACUGAGGAGGAACCUGUAUUUGGUUGGCUUUGGGAAGGCUGUACUGGGCAUGGCAGCUGCAGCAGAGGACAUCCUUGGAGACCACCUUGUUCGAGGAGUGAUUAGUGUUCCACGUGGCAUCCAAGAAACUCUGCAGCACCGAGGAAUGAGAGAGAUGUUGCUGAAGCCCCAGAGCCGCAUCCUGGUUAUGGAAGGAGCUAAGCACAACCUUCCUGAUAGAGAUGCUCUGAAGGCAGCUAGUGCCAUCCGGGAUUUGGCUGAGGGCCUAACCACAGAGGACCUUCUCCUGGUGCUGAUCUCAGGAGGUGGGUCAGCACUUUUACCUGCACCCAUCCCUCCGGUCACUCUUGAAGAGAAGACUACUAUCACCAGGCUGUUGGCUUUGAAAGGAGCAACCAUUCAAGAGCUCAAUACUCUCCGAAAGGCUCUUUCCUUGUUGAAAGGUGGAGGGCUGGCCCGGUCUGCCUAUCCUGCCCAGGUGUUGAGCCUCAUCCUCUCUGAUGUCAUUGGGGACCCAUUGGACAUCAUAGCAAGUGGACCUACAGUUGCCAGUUCUCACAGCAGCCAGGAUUGUUUCCAGAUACUGGCCAAAUAUGAUCUGCUGAAUGACCUGCCAGAGUCUGUACAGACAGUUUUGUCUCAGUCUGUUACAGAGCAUGAUAUGCCCCAAGAGUUUCUUCAUGUCUGCAACAUUGUCAUUGGUUCUAACAGACUAGCUUUGGAGGAGGCCAAAUACCAGGCGGAGAGUCUGGGUUAUCUGUCUGUGCUUCUGAGUGAUGCCGUGUGUGGGGAAGUCAGCACAGUUGCCCAGCUCUACAGCUUGUUGAUUCAGUUUGUUUGCUUGAGCACCAUUAGCGUUGACAGGAAUGACCCCUUGAAAGACAAGGUGAGGGAAGCUCUCUCAAACCUGGCAGGAGAGUUGGCAAUCCCAGGGCUGGACCUUGCUGGUGUCUUGAAAACCUUGGAAGAAACUCAGGGAAAUAUGCCCAUUUGUCUCCUGGCUGGUGGAGAAACCACUGUGCAGCUUCAGGGAAAAGGGAAGGGUGGGAGGAACCAAGAACUGGCUCUGCGAGUGGCCUUGGAGCUGCACCGAGUUCGGUCCACAGCAGCAGGACACUUUCUUGAAAGAUGUGAAGUUGCCUUCAUGAGUGGGGGAACUGAUGGACAAGAUGGACCCACAAAAGCAGCCGGGGCCUUUUGUAGCCAGACAUUGGUGAAAGAAGCUGAGCAUGAAGGUUUGGUGGUUGAAGAUUUUUUAAGCAACAAUGAUUCGUACACAUUCUUCUCCCAGUUCCAGGGAGGAUGUCACCUCUUGAUGACAGGUUUGACAGGUACAAAUGUCAUGGACAUUCACACUGUUUUAAUCAGAGCCAAAGGAAUUUAGUGUUGCAGCAGAUAUUAUAGAUUUUUUUUUUAUAAAAAAAGAAUUAAGAAGGAAAAGCAUCUAACCAUGAGCAGCUGUGGUCUCCAUAAACUGAGGAAUAUUGUUGUCCAGACUGUGUUAAAAUUAAGUUAAAGACACUCACAGGGUGUGUUGUGUGGCUUCACGUUAUUUCCAAUUUGAAGACCCGUAAGUCCCAGCGGCUUUUGAUUCCAUUUAUUAUGUUAUCCUUCGGAAAGGCCUGAGGGGGUUGGGAAUUGGAGGCACUGUCCUGCAGUGAUUCCAGUCAUACCUCUCAGGCAGGUUUCACAUGGUGGUGCUUGAGGAUAGCUGCUCCUCAAAAAAGAGCUGUAAUAUGACAUCCCACAAGGUGCCAUUCUAUCCCCAAUGCUUUGUAACAUUUACAUGAAACCACUUGGAGAUAUCAUCUGGAGGCAUGGAGCAGGUGCUAUCAGUAUGCUGAUGACACUCAAAAAUAUGUGUUCAUGCCUUCCAAAACAGCUCUUGCUGAGGAUAGUGUGUCUCCUCUGAAUGAAUGCCUGAAGGAGGUAAUGGGCUGGAUAAGGAAAAUCAAAUUGAAACUGCAUCCAGACAAAACCAAGGUGCUUGCAUUAAGGGGAUGGAGGUGUGUCAGCCAGUUCUGGACAGGGUUACACUUUCCCUGAAAGACUGUGUUCACAGCUUGGUAAUGCUCCUGGAUCCAUAUCUCAAAAUGUCAGCCGGGUAGAUGCAUCGGUCAGGAGUGCUUAUUAUCAGCUUUGGCUGAUGUGCCAGCUUCCUAGAUUUGGAGAACCUGAAGAUGGUAGUGCAUGCACUGGUAACCUCAAGGUUGGACUUCUGCAAAGCGCUUUACAUUGGGUUACCUUUGUACCAAGUUCAGAAACUCUCAUUGGUUCAACAUACAACAGCCAGAUUUAUUACAGGAACAUGUAGGAGUGAGCAUAUUACACGUAUUCUAAAGUCACUCCACUGACUACCAAUUAGUUUCCAACAAAAGUACAAAGUGUUUGUUUUGACCUUCAAAACCUGUCAUGGUUUGGGUUUAGGUUACUACAUAAUCACCUUCUCUCUUACAAUCCAUCCUUGGGGAGGGCUACUCCAGCUCGCCAGAACCCAACUAGUGACUCUCACCCAAAGGACCUUUUCAUUGGCUGUCCCAAGGCUGUGGAACGAUCUACCAGGAGAGCUCUGAUAGCUGUCAGAAUUCAAGACACAAUUGAAAACCCAUC